UCACAUACACGCCUGAUACAUCACCCAAUUCCAAGAAUUUACAGUAUCCUUCUCGAGCUUCUCAAUCCCCUGCAACUCAAGCAAAGGCGAGAUAAAAGAUGAUUGCUUCCUUUUUUAAGUCGAUCUUGUUGAUUGAAGUGUUCAUGGUUGGAGCAGAAGCCCUGAGCAUGGGCUACUACAUCAUGAGCUGCCCUUUCGCGGACCAAACAGUGACCGACACAGUGAACCAAGCUCUGAGGAAGGACCCAACACUUGCUGCAGGGCUCCUCAGGCUUCACUUCCAUGACUGCUUCGUCCAGGGAUGUGAUGCAUCUGUGUUGAUCGAUUCCACAGAGGAUAACACAGCAGAGAAGGACUCUCCUGCAAACUUAAGUUUGCGUGGUUAUGAAGUAAUCGAUCAAGCCAAAAAGUUGAUUGAGCAGCAGUGCCCGGGAGUUGUUUCUUGUGCAGAUAUUGUGGCAUUGGCAGCUAGAGAUGCUGUUUUUUGGGCUGGUGGACCUUACUAUGAUAUACCAAAAGGGAGAAAAGAUGGCAGAAGGUCCAAAAUCGAGGACACCAUAAACCUUCCUUCACCCAUAUCUAAUAGUUCGGACCUGAUGAAGUUGUUCUGGAAGCAUGGAUUUAAUGCUCAUGAGCUGGUAGCCUUGUCAGGGGCUCACACGUUGGGCGCCGCCCGAUGCAGCAACUUCAAACAGCGGCUGAGCAACUUCGACGCCGUCAACGACGUGGACCCCACGUUGGACUCCUCGUUCGCCAAGUCGCUUUCCCGGGUAUGCGCCGCCGGCGACGACGCGGAGGUGCCGUUCGACCGCACCCGCAGCGCGUUCGACCGCGCCUACUUCUGGGCGCUGCAGAGCGGAAUGGGCGUGUUGGCGUCGGACCAGACGCUGUUCAGCGACCCGCAGACGCGGCGCGUGGUGAACGGCUACGCCAUGAACGACGCCAUGUUCUUUUUCGACUUCCAGCAGGCGGUCACCAAGAUGGGACUGCUCGACGUCAAGGAGGGGAAUCAGGGGGAGGUUCGAGCCCAUUGCCGGAGAGUGAACUGAUAAUUAAAAUGAGGAUCGAUGGAAGAGGAAAUUUUAUAUAAAUUGGUGCUCUUGUGCAUGAUAUAUAUAUAUGGAAGCGAAUAAUUUGGGAACUAGAUACAAAUAUCUAAGAACAAUACUUAGCAA